GGAUGGGGGGGACCACAUAAAUCAUGGGGCUAUCCCGAAACUCUAAGGAUUCAUAACUCAAUGAGGAUUCAUGAAUCUUCAGAAUAGAGAUUCAGAGUCAUCCAUUCAGUUCAAAGAUUCGUUUAGAUUCAUGAAUCUGAAUCAGAUGCACCCAACACUAGUAAAGAUUAAUCCAUACGAUUCGAUCGGUCUAGUACACUGAACGACCUGUCAUUGUCGAACCUCAUCUCAAGAAACCCUCUCAUAUAUACGGAAUAAUUCUAGUAAAUUAUUUUUUAAGUAACAUUGUCUGGAUUGUUGAUAUAAAAAGAGAGAAAUAGGUAUAUUUACCAAGAAAAAAAGGAGAGAAAAAUAGAUAAGGCUGUUCAAGUUGUUAGGACUUAUGCGAUCACAAACGCCGGAAUGUAUGCAAUUUUCAGAAUAUUUCUCUCUCUUAAUAUUUAGCUACUUUUUAAAUUGAAUCUGAAAAUUAGAUGUUUCCAUUUGCCCCAAUACAUAACUUAGUAAGGGUUCAUCGUAUCCAACGCUCGGAAUGUCUUAACUAUCCACCCCAAAAAAAGUUCCGAUCGACCAUUAUCAAUUCAUUGGAUUAGUUAAGAUCGCACCCGUACACGCUUCGAUCGAGAUUUAUUCCGUUCCAUUCCGCUAUACUUUCUCCCGGUCCGGCUUUGAGAACGGUAACGAAAAUGUACACAAACGAGCGAAAAGCACAGCAUCGGGAGAGAGGCAGCAGCAACAGCUUUUGUUACCAUACCCCAGGAGUUACCAACGAUUUGGAGCUAAAGCACGGAGAGAAGCACGAACGCAUGCAGACAGACACGAACGCAAUUGUGUAAGCUGCUUCUUUUUAUCUGCCACGGAACCGUCCGUUCCGGUUCCAGUCUGCAGUCGAUAUUCAACCCGAUCGGACGUACCGGAGAACCGGUCAGAAGAAAGACAUUCUGGAACUGGAUACUGGAGUUCCCGUUCCCCAAACCACUUUGCCACCUAAGCGUCGGCCCAUCCGCUCCGCCGUGCCAGCAGCAGCCAUUGAUCGUACCGGAGAUCUUACUGCGGUGAAGAAAAGAAAGCUUCACAGUGUUGAAUCUUUGGUACAGAGCGUGAGUGUUUUGUUGUUAGGUCGCAAUUGCAGCGUUCGCAGCAUUUGCCGUAUGGGCGUAGCCCUUCUGCCCUAGAUUGUCCUGUUCUGGCAAUGCAGGAGCACAGAAGUACCACCGUCGAACGGCGAAUCUGGCUCGGAUUGUAAUCUUGCGGACGUCGAUGAGCAAGAACAUUAAGUGCACUUAAGUGAAUUAACCCAAACUGAAGACUUCCCGAGUUUUGGGGCCCCAUUUUGUAGUGUGCGAGUGAACACGUGUGUAGUGCACUAGCGUCCAGUGCUUCACAGCAUCCAGCAGGGCUAGUGAUCAUCGCACAGUGGAUCGUACGAUCGUGAUCGUGAAAGAAGAGCUUUAUUUCAAGAGAAUCACUUCUUCAGCUAGAAGCCCAGCCAGAAGCUUCUAAAAGAAAGUAGACAUCGUAACGUUCCAGCAAAUUCCGGAGGAUAAACGUACCGCAGAUUAGUCUCUCGCGUGUUUUCCGUCCAUUUGUACGGAACCGUAACUUCGCCGAGGGUAAAGACACCACAGCACAGCAUAACGAUAAUGAAAUUUAUCGCUACAUAUGCACUGGCCUUGCUGCUAGUCAGCCCCGCCCUGGCCCGGCCCAACCUGGUGGAACCGAUCUAUCUACGACGGCGCAGCAAUCCGCUGGAGAUUGUGGAAGAGAGCGUGGAGUCGAGCAGCCUGCCUCAGGAUGUUUCGGCCCAGAGCAGUACCGAGCAGCAGCAACAACAGCAGUCAACGACCGGAACCACAGAACCUGCCACCGACAGUAGUACCACCAUCGUCGCCAGCACGUCCACGCACCAACCAAGUUACGCGUUCAAGCGUCCCGAGCUGCUAAAGACGAAGAUGGGCACGUCCGGGUUCGUGGUGUCCACCAGCACGAAAGUGCUAACCGGUGGUGCUAGCUCCGCUUCCGGAGCGUCUCAAAGACCCCGUCCCAGCUCGAUUCUAGCGGGUUCGGGUGAAGCGAAAGCUAACGAUCAGCUAACCCUCUUUGAUCGCUAUUCAGGACACGCGGGUGUGGCGGAACCAAUGACCGACGAGGAGUACCAGAACGAGCUGCAUCGUGCGACGGAGCGUGUACCACUGCGGACGACCAGCCCGAAGGAAGGUCUAUCCACCUGGGUACUCCUGUCGGGCAGCGAUUCCACCGAGAUGAAGAACGACUUCACGAGCACGACCCGUAAGGUGAUCACGACCACGACGACCACUACGACACCGAAACCGACUACCGCUACGAAACGUUUCCAACCUACGACGCGACGUCUCAUCCCAACGACCACACCUCGUCCUGCCCGCACAACCGUAACCACAUCCGGCAGCAAUUCGGAUGAAAAGAAGGAGAAGCAGAACAAACCACUACCCAAGCAGAAGAUUGCCUCGACGACACUGAAGCCGGUGAUUGUGAAGAAGGUUAAGAAACCAGUAGGUGCCACACCUGCAACAACCCCAACAACCACCACGACCACCACUGCCAAGCCAACAACGACGACCUCAACUCCAGCGACAACUCCCGAGAUGGUCAUUACGGAGCAGAGUGCCUCCACGGUGGCGAACGACCUGUCUGCCGCCAUCACCGAUGAUAGCUCGAUGGAGUCAUCCACCUUCCUGAUACUGGAACCAAAGGACGCACAGUUCGAUCUGCCUGAGGAUCGUUCGCCUGCGAAAACGGCACCGGCAGCAAAUGGUGGCAAAGUUGCUAAAAAACCAACACGAAAACCGAACGCCAAAGCACCCGGUGGUACGAAGAAAAAACCGGCCAACAAGAAAACCCGCAAGCCGGAAGUGAAGGAUGGUGUGGCGAACGAUAAGAAACCGGCGAACAAGAACAAACCCGUCUCGACACAGAUCAUCAACUAUUUGUCCCGCGAGGUAAUGCCCACGGUCGGUGUAGGGUUGGUGGGUUUGGUAAUGGCCGCUGGGUUAGCUUCAUACUUCCUCGGCAGUCCGCUCGGUGCGUUGCGUCGAUCGGAUGAUCGCAAGGAUGAUCUUUACUACUCCAACUACGAAGAGUACGCCGGACAGGAUGGACAGAAUGAGGAGGAUGUGUUCGGGAAGCUGAUUGCCGGCAUGCCGGAUCGUUCCUACUAUCGGAACAAUGCAGUACGCCGACGAACACAGGUACAGCCGGUACGCACUGGUCAUCAGUACUAUCAUGUGCAGCCUUACUCUGCCAACAAGUAUCCGCACAUUACGUACCGCAACCGGGCGUAUGGUGGAGCAGGUGGCCCGAGCGCCCCGGAAACGAUGUACACGAACGUAAACCGUCCGGCACAGGGUCAAGGACAGGUGCAGAAUCAGGCAAAGUCUCAAAAUGAGUUUUUCUACAACACACCACCAACACCGUACUAUCCGAUGCGUACCGUUUCGGUCGAAGCCUCCAAGGUUGACGUACCUUCGCCCGUGUACAGCUCGUCCUCUUUUCCCACGACACCUAGUAGCACGGUCAGUCCGGCAACCACUCCCAGUCCUGCAGCAGACCCCAAUGUGGAAAACGAGCACGAAAUGAUGCCCCAUCCGGAAGCGUACUCCUCGGAGCAUAGUCCGGAGCAUCAUGCGCACUAUGUCGUCGGAACGAGCUACUCGGACAGUAUGUUGGACAUGAUCAAUGCCGCUUCGGUGCCAGAACAUGGACCACGAAGAAAGCGUCGUGCGGUGGAAUCGGACGAAGAUAUUGAGUUUGAGAACGAGAUUGAUGUGGAUGAAGAUCGUCCGAAGGAUACGUCGGCACAAUCAAGUCACUCUGGAGAAGUGACGGAAAUGAGCGUCCCGAAGGAAGACACUGCGACAACGACGACGGCGGGAGUAACAGAAACGACAACGGAGAUCCUACGAUACACCUGGGGUGACUUUAUCCGCAACACCGUCGAACGGAAGGUGGCGAUGGGUCUCCAUUUCCUGCAGCACGUCACCAUGGACUUCCAGCGAUAUCUGAACGGUGUUCAUGAUCGGUUCCAGCAGCAUCACAAUCACACCAGCUCAUCUGAAGCCACUCAUUAGGCGGGUGGAGCUAUAAUAGAACUAGACACAUCCACACACACACACACAUCUGCAGGUUCUGAACCAUUCUAUGGGAUUGAGGAUAGGAUUCUCGAUACGAGCGCUAUCGAUCGUCGUGGACCGAACGCAUAUCGCCGAGAGCUCUCUUCUGAUCUUGUAGUACUGAACCAAAAGUCGUACAUUUUCUACGGCUCACACUGGUGAACACCCGAAACGCGCACAUACAAACACACACAUGCAGAAGGGGCAAUCCAUGGCCGUGGGAAGCAUUCUUAAAUUAUUUAUUUUUUCACGCA